UAAUUUUUUAUUUCUCUUUCUAGGAUUAAGGGUUUGAGUAGCUGUCAAUGCCUUUAAAUUUGUAAAUUUGGCAUCUUUAUGGUAUAAUAUACAUGUGGGAAUGUCAGGCAAAAGGGCAGUCAAAGCAGGGUUUUAGAGAGAGAGAGGGACAGGGGAGGGAGAUGCUUUUUUAUUAUCUUACUCUCUCAGAGCUUAGAGUGUAGUCAUAUUCAAAACCACAAGCCUUUACCCGCAAUACCCAGUUGCUAAAUUUCAUCAUUCUUGCCCCUUCUACAUUGAAAAUUGCAUGUAAGCUGUCUCAAUCUUGAGAAAUGAGUCGAAGACUCUACACCCAGAUCUCAAGGGUCGGCAAGCAUUUUUCGAAAUGGGUUUUCAGCUAAUGUCUGAUUAAUUGAGUGGAACCAAGUGUUUGUCAAAAAACCAGAGGAAAAAAAUAUAAGAGUGAAUUCAAGCUUUUUGGUUCAAAAUGAGGGAUUUCCCAUCUUGUUUUGGUGAAAAUGGUGUUCAAGUUGCUGAUUCUUCAUCCUCUAAUGCUACUAAAACUGCUCAAAACUUGGUUACCUGCGUGUAUCAAUGCCGAUUGCGUGGCCGGUCUUGUUUGAUUACUGUUGUGUGGAGCAAGAAUUUGAUGGGCCAAGGCCUUAGUGUUGGGAUCGAUGAUUCUGCAAAUCAAAGCCUUUGUAAAGUUGAUAUUAAGCCUUGGUUGUUCUCCAAGAGAAAAGGGUCAAAGAGUUUAGAAGCAAAUUCUAGUAAGAUUGAUAUUUAUUGGGACUUUUCUUCAGCUAAAUUUGGAUCUGGGCCCGAGCCAUUGGAGGGAUUUUAUGUCGGGGUUGUGUUUGAUCGUCAAAUGGUCCUCCUUCUCGGGGAUUUGAGAAAGGAGGCAUUUAAGAAGACAAAUGCAACCCCUGUUCCUUCUAAUGCCGUUUUUAUUGCCAAGAGAGAGAACAUUUUUGGAAAGAAAGUCUUCCGAACCAAGGCUCAGUUUUGUGAUAAUGGGCAAAUUCACGAUCUCAUGAUUGAAUGUGACACUAUUGGUGUCACUGAUCCAUACCUGGCGAUCCGUGUGGACAGUAAGAUUGUGAUGCAGGUGAAGCAGCUUCGGUGGAAGUUUCGGGGCAACUAUACCAUUGCAGUUGAUGGCCUUGCAGUUGAAGUUUUCUGGGAUGUCCAUAAUUGGCUCUUUAGUACAACUCUUGGAAAUGCUGUUUUUUUGUUCAAAACCUGCCUCUCUGCAGAGAAGUUAUGGGCUAGCCAACCACUCUCUGAUCCGAAUGUAUUCCGAGAUCCAAAUGUAGUAACAUUGUCUUGCUCACAGAGAUUCCAAGAUUCCCAGUCGCAAGCUCUUAGUUUCUCGCUGAUCUUGCAUGCUUUGAAAAAUGAAUAGAGAGAUUUGAGAUUCCUCAUCAAGUGCUAACAAAAUCUUUUUGUGAGUGGUGAAUUUCAUUGACAAUGUGAUUGGAUUACAAAAUUUGAUUAUAAAUGGUCCAUUUUGCUUUUUAUUUUCCUUAUCCUUUUUCCUAUUGACUAGUUGGAGCGAUUUGAAUAGAACAGGGACGAUUUUGAUGUCCUGAGUUUGUAUAUUCUUCAAGCCAGUGUUUGUUAACUUUGUUUUCUAUAUUUCUAUCGAAAAUUCUGAAGUUAGUUAGACCAAUGGCUGUGUAAAGUUCUCUUUGGUUUUGUUUGCAUAAUUUGCAGUAUUAGCAGUUUUACACAUCAUAUCUUUCUGUCAUUAAUAUGGGAGCAUGGCAUGCCUUGACUGUAAGUAUGCCCUUUUUUCAAAGAAGAGAUAAUGAAGAACUUGACAAUGUCAAGUCUUUUCAUUCUUGCUAUAUGAGCAUUAAUUGUGCUUGAUUUCUUUAUGUUGCAGGGGUCUAAACUUAAGCCAUAGUGACUGACAAAGCAAGGUGAAUUCAAGCUUAGAACGUGUUUAGCAUCUAUGUAAGACGUUUGAAUCCACAUACUUCCUUUGGUGUGGGAUAUGUUACAUGGGUACUACUUAGAGGGUAAAGAAUCUGUUUUGUACGCAUAUCCAACUGCAACAAUUCAUGGAUUUUGAUUUUGACAGGAUCCAGUUUCUGGUGGGUUAAGGCAUUCAAGUAACAUAUCAGCUGCAAAUAGUUAGCAUUGACCUCUGUGCAAGAAGUUACUAAUGUUUCUAAACUGGAACCAUCAGCCGGCUUGGAGGAUAUUUGUCUGAUUAUCUCUGAAGCUAAAGUGAUGCUUUCUCCAUUAGAGAUAAGAAAGCUAAAAGCAACUGCCCUGCUCAUAGUUGUAUUGUUGUAUUCCUUAAUGGGCUGUUGCUGAAGAUACUGAGACAUUAUUUAUACACAUAAUAAAUGAUAUUUCAUCGUCUCAAUCGAUGGUAAUAAUCAUUUCCCAGGACUUUGAUGGUUAUUAGGAAGGAAGCGUAAUAUUUACUUCAUUGGGGUGAUUAGCUUGACACUUUUGCCUCCUGUCUUAGAUUGAUUUUCUUCAACAUUGACAAUAUGAUGCAUUCCCAUGUUCAGCCCAUUCACUGAUCUUGGAAACCACCCCCCAGUUUUGUUAUUAUGAAAUAUUUUCAGUGUUUGGUUAUUAUGUAUCACACAAUCUCUUGCUGAGUUUUUUGUUCUGUCCUACUGCUCCUUGUAAAUAGAAAGACAACUCCUGCUGAUCAGCUUGUGGAAGGCCAAAGCUUUCUGUUGACUCAUGAAAUCUCAGUAUUCUAUUGUUUAAUGCUCUUCCACUGAAAUACCGUUCUGUUUGAAAUGUCUUCUCCUAGCCACUUGGAUUUGAUUAUGCUGAUCUUGUUAAUGCAGCAAUGGAGUAUGCAGUCACCUUUUUGAUCAUCUAUAGCACCUGAAACUCCCGAAAUCGACUGUUGGACAACAGAUUAUACGACGGGGGGCCUAUUUUCAUCUUGUUCAAUUACACUACAACAUUUUUUGUUUCCGUCAGGUGUUUCAAUCACCAGGAUCAUUACACUCAACAACAUGCCCAAGCUCAAGCUUCAGCAGUAGAUGUCAAGGCCGUGAAUUCUCAACCUAUAUGCAGUACAGAGUAGGAAGCAGGAAGCAGCUGGGAACCCAAGUUUGGUUUGUGGUUUUAACUCAUUAGUUUGGUUUUCUGACUCAAUUGUGAAUUUUAUGUGAGUAAUAGGCAUGGUUUCCUCCUUUUUCCAUUACCCAUGUGAAUUUAUUCCUUUAGAAAGCAUAUUCAUCUAAAAAAUAAGAUCCCAUGGGCUUGUUUCCAAACCAAUGAGACCAAAAAUUGUUUGUCCCAAUUUACCA